ACGUCUCCGGUCUGUCCUCCAUCUACAGCUUCAUGUCCCCCCAGAGCCAAUCGGCAGAGGGCGCCGUGGAGGAGUCAAGGGAGGUGCAGCCCUACGUGGAGCUGACCUACAGCCAACCUCCACCGGCUGAAACGCCGUCAGGGGAGGAGGCACCGCUGGCGCCCGGUUCAGCUGUUAAAGACGAAGAGGAGGAGGAGGAGGCGGCAGCGGAGUCUGUGCGGCUCGUUCGCCUGGAGCAGAGUCUGACGGCGCUGUGGGAGCGCGUGGAGGCCGGAGGGCGGCGGGCUGAGCAGAGACACAGGGAGGUGGCCCGGCUGUACGCUGACCUCCAGGGCGACGGCGAGGGACUGGAGCCCUGGCUGAGCGGCCUGCUGGACCGGCAGCUGGACCAGCUCAGGAGACAACUGGACGAGGAGAGACUGCACAGGGACCAGACUCGGCAGCAGGAUCUGUUGCAGCAGCAGAGCCAAACGUCUCGUCUGGAUCAGCUGGAGCUGCAGCUGCGGACGCUGGCUGCAAAGACAGAGGAGGUGCAGCGGAGACAUGAAGCUGCCGCAGUCCCAACCUCACCAACAACACUUCCAGCCGCCGUCAGUGUUGGUGUGGACCGCCUGUCCCAUGAUGCCUUGCUGGCGGAGGUUGCGCGGUUGGCGGCGGCUCUGGAGGACGUCCGGCACCACGUUGAGGAUCUGUCAGAGUGUCAGGGCGACGGCCAACAGCUCGACAGAAUCCGGCAGACGGUGAGAGAGAAGACGCAAACCUCACUUAUUAUUACAGUAACAGUGAAGACGCGGCGAGGGUUCGCCUCGUCAGCUGGACCGUCACAGCUGCAGAUUUCAGCGCACGUGUCCGCUCAGGUCCGUGAGGAGGUUCGUACUCUGGUCUACGGCAACCAGCUGGCGGUGAGGGGCGGGGCCUCCGGGGACGACGACGCGGGCCUCCCGGAGUCUCUCCUCCGGUGGUUGUCGCAGCAGUACGUCACCGGGGCCGACCUGAAGGCGUCGCUGGCCUCCCUGGAGCUCAGCAUCCUGCAGAACAUCAGCCUGCAGCUGGAGCAGCGCCGCAGCGAGGAGACGGUCAGAGAGGCCGUCCUGCACGCCACCGGGGCCGCUGGGGCCGCCGUGACCACGGAGGACGUCCGUGUGAUCGUGGAGAACGCUCUGCGCCUGUUUUCUCAGGACCGGACCGGCCUGGCCGACUACGCUCUGGAGUCUGGAGGGGGCAGCGUCCUGAGCACUCGCUGCUCACAGACGUACAAGACGAAGGCGGCUCUGCUCAGUCUGUUCGGAGUUCCCCUCUGGUAUUUCUCUCAGUCUCCUCGGGUCGUCAUCCAGCCGGACGUCCAUCCAGGAAACUGCUGGGCCUUCAGAGGCUCCGCGGGCUUCCUGGUGAUCCGCCUCUCCAUGAAGAUCGUCCCCACCGCCUUCUCCCUGGAGCACAUCCCCAAAGCCCUGGCACCCAGCGGGACGCUGCUCAGCGCCCCCCGAGACUUCAGCGUCUACGGUCUGGAUGAUGAGAGUCAGGAGAGAGGGACGCUGCUGGGCUCUUACAGCUACGACCAGGAUGGAGAAGCUCUGCAGACCUUCUCCGUCGCUGAGCAGAACGACCGAGCCUUCCAGAUCAUCGAGCUACAGGUGUCGUCCAACUGGGGUCACCAGGAAUACACCUGCAUGUACCGCUUCAGGGUGCACGGGACGCCUGAGGACGCCCCAGAGACGAGUAUUUAAUCCACAGACGGCGUGGAGACGGCAGAGCAACAUGUCUGCUGUUUCCUGCUUCAGCCUCCUGCUGCUAACUGUGCCUGAGAAACCGCACGCUUCACUUUCAGCUGCUCUCAAGUCUCCCCAGUGACCAUAAACUCGCUUCCUUCCUUCCAGACCAGAUGUGAUCUGAGCGUCUGGUUUUCCUGUGGAAAAAGGAAACACUGACAGAUUUGAUGUGACGUCUAUAUGUUCUGUCAAUAGUUAAUAUUUUUAUAUCAGUGUUUUGUAUUUUCUGUGCUGAAGCUCCUUCAUGUUUGAGCCCCACUUUUCUUUUUAUCUGAACAUUAUUGCUGUCGAGAGCGGGACAUGUUCCAACUCUUUAUUCCCAUUAAUGUCCUGAAACUAACUGACCCUCCUGGUGAAGGGACAAAAUCUCUAAACACAUUUUUAAAGUUCAGCUGAAGAUAAAUCUGAAGCUUCGACAGCUUGAAUUCACAAAUCAAACGGAGUUUUGGUCUUUUUAGAGAGAAAUGUUGUCUUUGUGUUUCCACAUUCACUGCAUCCUUACCGAGCCGCAAUAGAGGAACACAAAGCGUUUCAAACUAAAGACCAAAUCAUAUUUAACUGUGGAUUUUAUGCCCCAGCACAUCCACUGAAAUGGCCUCAGGAGAGGAGGGGGGUUAAUACGAUCCAUUAUGACCUAAAACCUGCCAAAUGUCCCCCAUGUGUGAGUAUUUGGUCCCGCUCACAGCUGCAGCACUGACCGUAAUGUAACUUUCACAAAAAACAUCUUUCUCAGGAAGUUUUAGAAGAAGAAGGAAUAGAUUUGCACCAAAGGCCUCGACUGCACUUAUGUUUCUGUUUUAUUUAUUUUGUCUUCAGGUUAAUGGAAGAUUUAAUUUUAUUAAGGAUUCUGACUAAUGUAUGUUUUUGUAUGUGAUUUGAAGCUGGACGUAAUAAAGACGUGAAAUUUUAAGUUUUUAUUGAAA